AUGACUGCAAGCGGGCUUUCUCCCGCAGACAUGAGGGAACUCUUCGAGCUACAGAACAAAUUCGAAGCCGCAGUCCCCACAGUCUUACGAUUAAUCCCAGCACGCAGGGCCGUCGUCGGGCAAUGGUGGAGCGACGUGGAAGCAAUGCCAGAGCCAGAACAGCUCGAGUUCCUCAGAGACUUCGGGCGAAGAUUCCAGGGGGCUGUAGACCUAUUCCACAUGCACAACUCCCCGGAGGAGGACCACACGGCUCAGGCAGAACUUCGACGGUCGCGCCCAUCAGCCGUAGCCGCUGAUAUCUUGAUGAACCUCAGCCGUGACGAGCGGGGCUACGGGUCGGAUGAUACGAUCGACGAGGAGAUCUGCGAGGUUAGCAUUGCGCAAGAGAGGGGUCCAUUGACGCCUGCCUUGACGCACGGCACCUCGGCCGAGUCGGACGCGGAGGCCAAUGACGACGACGACGACGAUGACGAGGCCGACAGAGGCGCAGCGGGGGCGCUCGUGCAAAUAACAAGUGAUAGCGAUGGCGAAGGCAGCUAUGCAGAGGCAGAGGCGCGGACUCGAAGGGUGAGGAUACCAGCAACGCCUCGACGAGCCCACCGUCCCGCUAUCAACGGCUGCGGGGUUACGAACAGGGUUUUGGAGAUCUCGCCGCUAGCCAAGAUCACUUGCGCCGAGGAUCAAGAGACUGAGGCGCCAUCAGAGUCUUCUUGUUCGAAAAGAAGGAAGACUGGCAAGUCAUCCGGGAGACUUUGA